AUGAACAGGAGCAAGAUCAUCACUGAGCUGAAACGGGCGAAAGCUGCUAUAGCCAAACCCUUUCACCAUCUACUUCAUCCCAAAAAGUCCAACCAGUUUCCUGGAUCAGAUGCCAAAGAUCCAGAUGUAGAGAAGAGCCACCAUUGCUGCUUCCCACCACUGAGCAUCUUCAGGAAGAAGAAGAAGAAGAAGGAAGAGGCCCAAGUAUCCUAUGUGGGUACAGAAGGGGCAGAGCCAGAGAACCCAACUGAGGAAAUGACCGUUGGAGAUUCAGUGACAGACAAGGGAGCGUCAGACUCGUCGGAAGAGAAACGGCUCCCUGGGCUCAAGCUGACGGCGCGUCAGAAACUAAUCCUUCAGGGCUGUGAUUGGCUGGAGGAUGACGUUAUAGACGCGGCACAGGCAAUGCUGAAAAGGCAGUUUGGAGCCGACGGCCUCCAAUCCGUCAUUGAGGCCCAAUGGCAGGUUGUACCUGUGUGUGGCCCAGCUGUACAGAUCCACUUUGAUAGCGAUCGGAACCACUGGUUGGCAUCUUGUUUCAGAUCCGAUAGAGUGGAGAUCAUGGACAGCUUAAAAUCCUCCAAACUCAGCAAUUCCAUGAAGAGACAAAUCCUGGAAUACUAUGGGGAAGUGGCCCCAGAUCCUCUGGGAAGCCUGAUACAACUAAAGGUGCACCAACAACCCAAUGGCAAUGACUGUGGGGUAUAUGCCAUAGCCAAUGUGUGCGAAUUACUGGCAAACGGAGACCCCACUGGCUGCAGGUAUGAUGAGAAGAGAAUGAGACAGCACCUCAUUGAAUGCCUGGAGAGGGGAGAGAUCACCCCUUUCCCCAAAAAGGCUCAACGCUCCUCACAGAGUGUAACAAAGAGACAGAAGAGAGACAAAGAGAGAAAUGCUAAAUGCAGUAAGGUCCAGGCAAAGGCCCCAACAGAUACAAGUGUGGCCCCUACACACAGUAAUGUGACCUUACAGUGGCUCCUCAUUGAGUGUGAGUGUGAGCUGAUACUGCACCUCUCAUGUUAUGCGGUGUACUUGCAUAUAUGCACCCCUAUUGCUCUAGUGCAACUAUCCUUCAGCCUCCUCCUUCCUCUACUCAACUGAAGCUGAAUGGAUCAAAACCUGCAGAGCUAACGGUAUCACAAACUGGAUCCACAGCAGAACAUCACUGUGAGAUCCAAUCAUUCCAAGUGCACAUCAUCCAGAGAAAGAAACGAUAAUCUAACAUGGAGUAUAGAGUGAAACUACAAUUCUACCGUGCCAACCCUUUCUCUGGACCAGCUGACCAGCACUGUGACCUUACCGGUCAUCAUGGACAGAUUCCUCAGCUCGGAACCAGCGGCUUGGACCAGCAUCCUGCAAAAGAAACAUUCCAAUAGGAAAUGCUGGUGCCAAAAGGA